AUGCUACCAGCGACAAUGGAGUGGAGAAAUAAUACUAUGCACACGGCGCGGACCGAUUUCGGCUUUGGCGGGGAUUCUGAGUGGUUUUGGCGGGAUGUCGCUUCUGGCCUUGGCGGGAAGGUUGGGUGGGAGGGUGGAUCGCGCGACUACACCAACCGUGAGCGGAGUUUGAGCGACGCGCUUACCUUCGUCGCGCUCUCUUCCGGAUUGCCUCGUCGCUGCGCCUACGCCGGUUACAGCAGCGGCAGCGUUGGGUUCGCCGCUGGGUGUGGAUGA